GGACCGUUUUAUACAUAAAAAUGUUUGGAGUUUGUGCUUGGACAGUCUUCUGCUAAGGCUUAUACAACUUCAGUCCCUAUCUUGGGUGGGAUGUCUGGAUGUCAUUGGAAUUUGAAGCCUUUUAAACAACGCCUGGUCUAGCCUCAGCACCGCCACAACAGAAUCCAAUCCAAAGUGGCAAGAUGACGGAUGAGCCCAUCAAAGAGAUCUUGGGAGGUUCCAAAUGUCCGCAGUGUGCAACGCUGGAGAAAAGCAACAAUAAUGACUGCAGGGUAACGGCCGUCCCUUUGGUGAGUGAAUGCCAGCUGACAGCUGCCACGGGGGGAGCUGAACUCUCCUGUUACCGUUGCACAAUCCCCUUUGGGGUGGUGAUCCUCAUCGCGGGAGUGGUGGUCACAGCCGUGGCAUACAGCUUCAACUCCCACGGAUCCAUCAUCUCUGUGCUUGGAUUGGUCCUAUUGUCGUCCGGACUCCUUUUGCUGGCCUCAAGCGCCCUGUGCUGGAAAAUCCGACAACAGAACAAGAAGGCAAAGAGGCGUGAAAGCCAGACGGCUCUCGUGGCCAACCAGAGGAGCCUGUUUGCGUAAGCGAAAAGCGAAAAGGAUGGAGGAGUGAGGCAGAUCUCUGAAUGGACACAUCUAUUUAUUUGCAGUUGGGCUGCAGGAGCUUUUUUGCUAAUGGCUGAAUUGGAUUUAUAAAUAUAAGAACUAAAAGGCUGUUGAAAGUUCAGGAAUCAUUUGUAUCUGUUUUAUCACAAGCAGGUUUCAAGAUGCACUAGGUUUGGCAUUUGGGGAUAUAUCCUUUCAUAUGAUUUCAAGGUGUUUAAUUUGCCCAACUUCCAUUAUGAUGUUCAAAUGUUGUUUAUAUACACCUUGCAUAUAUACAUACCAUUUUGUAGUGCAAGAGAAGCCAACCAUUCCCACUCCCCAAAUAGGAAUGUCCAGGUGGAAAACAUGGUCAAAGACCGUGGUGGGCAAUUGGUCAUACAGAUCUUCAGAUUAUGCCAAGCCUUUGGAGCAAGUUUAUGCACACCUACCAGACAAUAGAACUAUAAAUUCCGUAAAAGCCUGCUUUAAAAAAUGU